CCGAAGUAUGAAUGUAAUGUGCUAACUAAUGAUAAAGAGUCCCUCCAAAAACUCUAGGUAAUGGUACAGCUUAAGAGCUACUGCAAUUUUAACCAACGCACCGCAACAAUUCAGACCCUUUUUUCUCCUGCCUCAGAAUCCAGACCCAGAUUACAUCUAACGCUAUCAGAUUACAAGAGAAAUUUCUUUAGAAACUGUUACAUAAGACAGAACAGAGCAUUUUUCAGUCAGUUUUUGUGUCAAAUUUUUGAAAAAAAGAAAUAUGGAUUACUGGUCAUCAUCUGUUAGCGUUGAUGAUGAAUUUGAGAAGCUUGUUCUUAGAAUGAACCCACCAAGGGUAACUGUUGAUAAUGCAUCAAACAAUAAAGCAACUUUGAUCAAGGUAGAUAGUGCAAAUAAGAGAGGAAGUUUGUUGGAGGUGGUUCAGGUUCUUACUGAUCUGAACCUGAUAAUAAGGAGGGCUUACAUUUCUUCGGAUGGGGAAUGGUUUAUGGAUGUUUUCCAUGUUACUGAUAAACAAGGAAAUAAGGUCUCCGAAGAUAACAUUGCCGAGCGCAUUCAGCAGUCACUGGGACCAAAAGGGCGGAGCUUUCGGUCGAUGACAAGAUCUGUGGGCGUCAAACCUGCAGCGGAGCAUACGACCAUAGAGUUGUCGGGAAGAGACCGACCGGGCUUGAUUUCAGAGGUCUUUGCAGUUCUUGCUGACCUCAAGUGUAAUGUACUUGCUGCCGAAGUAUGGACUCAUAACUCUAGAAUGGCUUCGGUUGUUUAUAUAACUGAUGAAGAGAAUGGAUUGGCAAUCAAUGAUCCUGAUCGGCUUGCUAAGGUCAAACAACUUCUCCUUUACGUUCUGAAAGGAGACAGAGAUAGGCGAAGCGCCAACACAGAAGUUUCUGUCAGUUCUACUCAUACAGAGAGGAGGCUGCAUCAGAUGAUGUAUGCUGAUCGUGAUUAUGAUAAUGAGAAUAUGGAUUGUAUGAUACCUGAUCGGAGCAAACCCCUCGUGAAUGCAGAAAACUAUGCAGAUAAAGGCUACACUGUGGUUAACGUGAGCUGUCCAGAUCGUCCUAAGCUGCUUUUUGACACAGUAUGCACAUUGACUGAUAUGCAAUAUGUUGUGUUCCAUGCCACCAUCAUUGCUGAAGGACCAGAGGCUCAUCAGGAAUAUUAUAUAAGGCAUGUUGACGGGUCCCCCGUUAGUUCUGAGGCGGAGAGACAACGUGUAAUCCAUUGCUUGGAGGCAGCAAUCAAGAGACGAACAUCUGAGGGAAUAAGGCUAGAACUAUGUGGUGAAGACAGGGCGGGUCUUCUGUCAGAUGUAACUCGCUUAUUUAGAGAGAAUGGUCUUUCAGUUACUAAAGCCAAGGUCACAACCCGGGGUUCUCAGGCUGUAAAUGUUUUCUAUGUUGCUGAUGCAUCUGGUUGCCCAGUUAAAAGUGAAACAAUUGAAGCAGUUCGUAAUGAAAUAGGCCUAACUAUACUCCGUGUGAAGGAUGAUACGUACACAAUUGCACAAACUCCACAGACCGGAAAACCGUCUUUUGGUGAUAUCUUCCGCUCAAGGUCAGAGAAAUUCCUCUACAAUUUAGGCCUAAUAAAGUCAUGUUCUUGAGCAUUUUAUUAGUCGGUUGCACAACUCAAUCUGUAGAUAAUAGUAUGGUUUUAAUCAUAAACUUAAAAUAUUUUCGAGAUUUAGUCAAGCCCAAUUGAUCUUAAAAACUCGGUUAAUGCCAAAACCUAUAUAUCUUUCUACCUUGUAAAUGUUUGUCCAAACUGUAUGUUGACUAUGCUACAUCCUUCGCGUUUAGGAGUUGUUGUAAAUUUAUAAAUCAUUGCCCUUGCAUUGUGAUAUCUCUUUGUUCAA